AUGACCGAGGUCCCGGCGGCUGUAAAAAGAGUCAUGGCUGAAUUGUCCGAUGAUGAGUUGGAGAAGGCGAAAGACACGGCCGAAGAAUGGUCCAGCAACUUUCCUCCUCCCGAGAUACAAGCACAAGUGGCUCAUAAGAAGGGACUGGUGUAUAUGGAGCACUUUUCGAAGGAGAUGUGGAGGCAAUGCGGGAUGAGAGUGUUUGUGAUGUCGGCAUGGAAGAAUGAACAGGGAGAGGUGCUGUUCGGGAUGCACGAUGAUAACGAGGCAUUAGGAGAUGGGGAAAGUUUCAUGAAGACGAAGGACUGGGAGGACAUCGAGCCAGUUUGGCAGGAGUAUGCGCAGGAACAAUUCGGUGCUGGGGCACGAGAUGGUGGGCGACAGGUGAAUGGAGGUCGAAAGAGAAUCAGGAAGCCUGCUUUCGAACUCGAAAUUGAUGGGGAUGGGAUGCCGGUGCUUCCUGACAUCACCGAGACAAAACUCGAGGAGAAGAAAGCCAUCGUCAGAGCAUUUCUCACAUCGCACUAUCGUAUCUGUUCUGGGAUUGUCAAGGCAGUUGUGCCAUGGAGUGCCAUCGUACAAAGUCAGGAUGACUUUGUGGCAAGAAUGUAUCUUCCGGCGGAUGUGGACUUGAAGGAGCCUUCGAAGUUGCAACAUUGGGACACGACCGCCUUACUGAAUUUCUGGUAUGCUCGGCAGGAGAAAGGCGAAGGUCCAACAUUCCUGUUCAAAGCAUGGAGGAACAGAGAUGGGGACAUGGUAGCCUCGGUUGUAUCCGGAAAUUCACCUUCUCAUCGGACUCGUAAUGCCAGACGAGUUAUGAUCCGAAGGCCUCGGAAUUCAUCGACCGAAACUGACAGUGAUCCCGAGGCCAAUCACGAGAGUGAUCCAGAGAGCAAUCCCGAGGACAACACUCAUCACAUGGAGGAUGAUGCUGAUGAUGACACAGAGGAAGGUAGAUCCCCGCAAAAGAGACCCAGAACAGAGCCUGGUCCUUCGACAGCACAUGAAGGGACAGGGGUCCCACAUGCAAUUCCAAAGCCUCGCCCGGUCAAUGCAGGGAAGACUGGUGCACUGCUGACAUUGCGAAUGGGCGACCUCCUGACUGGGCUGACUGCGAGAGUCACUCGCAAUGUUCAGGAGGAUGAACAUGCGGGGAAGGAAAGCGGUGAUUGA